UCAACGCAAUCGCGGAAUUGCGGGCAACGCACGCCCCUCUGCUGGGCCAGGCCACACAAACAACCCCACAGGAAAGGAUUGCUAUAUACCUGAACGCUUGACAUUAAAACGAGCAGCACCAGGAGUACGGCUGUACAGUGAUCAAGCUUCCGUCUCGAGUGCAAUGGCUAGCGUCACCAGGCGAAGUGCGUCCUUGACGAUCGACGACUCUUUCGACCUAGAGCGAGAACAGCGGCGAUGGAGCUACCGCACCAAAGACAGCGACGGCGGCGAUGACAUCGGCAGCCGCCGGAAGUUAUUGCGCAGCAGCAGCACCACCCAAAUCAGCAGCACCCGCAGCCGAAAUCUUGUUCGCAGCAAGAGCAUUGCGAGAGGCGAAGGCUGCCGAACGGGUGCCCCGCCCGUCUCCUCAUCUUCGCCAUCGAAAGGCAAACAAAUGCUCCGGUCGGUGGUUGGUUUCCUGUCGAGGGCAAAGAGCGCCAAGCCCAGAAACAGAAAGCCAAGGAGCUUCACCGUGACGGUGCCGGCUUCCCCGGCGUCCUCUCUCUCGAGGACUAGCAGCGAGUCGUCUGCGUCUGCGCACGAGGGAUGCCAAGACAAUGACAGCAGCAGUAGUGCCCGGGGAAGCGGGCACGGACACGGCGCGGCAUCCUCUAGGCCGCGGGUUUCCUUCGUUACUGAUGUGACGACGGUUUUCAUCGAGCAAAUGAAGGAGGAAGAGGUGCGCAACACGUUCUACUGUCGCACGGAGUACGCCGCCUUCAAGGAGGCUUACCGUAUGCACCGCGACAGCAGCACGGACUGGUGCAGGGGCAACGACGUGCUCCCGUGCAACUGCGAAGCUUGCCGAGACGACCUCGUGGAGGGAGGUCCGCACAUCUACUCGGCGGCGGUUUCGUCUGCUGGUGGUGGUGCCUCCUCCCCUCAAGCAGACGCCCACGUGGGCAACGAGCACGGCCCGUACGACCAUGCUCCGCCGCCUCCGCGCAAUCCCUACGCACACGAUGAUAGAAGCGGGGGAGACGGGAGCGAGCAGCUGGAGUGCCACCACGAGCCCCCUUCUCCGGUGGGCGCAGUGUUCCAAGACAGCCCGGAGCAGGAGGAGGAAGACGGCAGCAGCAGCGGCGGCGGGGGUUUCAAGUACGCCGCCGAGACAAGGCCGAUUCAACGGCCGUGCCCCACCCGCGAAGGCAGGAACAGGCGUCUUCCCUCGCACACGCGAAGUCGGACGUGGGGGAUGGGGAGCAUCCCGUUGGCGGUGCCCCCGGCGACCAGGUCGCACAACCCGGGCGGCAGCUUGGACGACUGGGGCGUGAGCUCGAGCGUCAGGGAGGCAGUCAAGUGCCACGGGGAAGGGUACGCGUACAAGACCCUCCGCCUCCAGGGCUUCAGCGAUCUCUACAUCAAGACGCACUUCUUGCCCUCGUAGCUAACGUUGCGGUCUGGUGAUGCUGCUGUAGCCGGGGGUUGCUGGUCCUUCUGGGCGGGAGGUUAAGGAGAGCAUUUUUUCCUGCUACGUUUCAUGAAGACUGCUGACAUGGUGUAUCGCACGCGGUUCGAUACUCUCGUGUCGACCAAUGGCGUGCAUUUGGUGGGUAAAGGAUACUGAUUAAUAUUUGAUUGGAGACAACACCAUUUGUUUUGGUUUGUGAAUACGGCUUGUGUUGUUGCGAUUAUUUUUUUUUCAUGCUGGGUCGGUGCUGUUUGAGAGAAACCUUGUUUUCUCCAGCCGAGGACCGCGAGUGUGGUUGCUUCUAUCGCGUUACAGUAGGGGGCCCUCUAUAGUGCCGGUAUGUGUUCAGAGAGCAAAGCGGCACUAUACCGGGCACCGGCACUAUUCAGAGUACAGAAAGACUUGAUAUUACGGUGUGUGCGAGCCGAAAACACCGGCGCUAUAUCGGGCCACCCACUGUAUGAGAGACGAGCGAGGUGAACAAAACGUGUAUGAUAUUCGUUCUGUUUGAGACAGGCGAGUCGAACGAACGUGUAUGCAUGCGAUAUUUGUUGUAUUGCGUGGUGUGUGUUCUAUUUGUUGCGUGUAGAAUACCGUGGUUGUGAUGAGAUCGUGAGGACACUUAUAUGUCGGUCAGCAAGGGGGGGUAGAGCUAGCUUCCUCUACCAGGAGCGACCAUUGGGCGGGUUCGUACACAUCAUACCGUAUGAAGAAGGUGCGCAGUAGUCGCGUUUUUUCCCAACGUAAAACUUGAAAGAAUCGGGUCGUGACUGGUCUGUCUUGUAGUUGUUUAUUGAUGGUGUUUAGAAGUGUGGGCCGCGUAGGUUCGCAGGGGAUAUAGAGGGGGUGGUUAUAUAGAGCGUUCUUCGCUACAUCUUCGUUUCAAUUGUUGACUGCCGAGGCGCAACGCCCGAGCGUUGAAGUGAAGCUGCUGGGGUCUGUCCCCCUCUCAUAUAUGUGAGAUUUGGUUCAUGGUGAUGGUCGGUUUUUCUCGGCUGCGCCGUCACGUGAACAAGGAGGGUAGGUAGUUCUUGGACUUGCGAGGCGUGCUGGCGGAAGUGGCGUGGGUUCUUGACGGUUCGGAGGGUGGCGUUCUCAAAAAUGUUGUACAGGCGUGUGGUUGGAACAAGACGUUUUUCGGGGUUUGUGGUGACGGGAGGUUUGUCUGAGAUUUGGGGAGCGCAACGAUUUUGCGCUUUUUUUUUUUUUCGGUGGGUACCUGCCUGCUGCACACGUCCGGUGUUGUCACUGGCGCGAGACACGAUAAAUGCAGAUGACGAUGAUGCACACGAUUGAGAGACACUUUUUUCGCUCUUGAACUAUUUUCAGGAUGGCUUUCGUUUCGCUUGGGUGCCUUUGUUUUUCCCACGGGAACAGUAGGAUCCGAGAGGGCGAGAAAGCACGCACGGCAUGUACCGAUGGUUGGCCGGCAGCACUGCUUGAUGAGAGAAAAAACAAACGCCAUCACUUUGGGUGUUGAUUUUUACCCUGUGCCGAAGAUGGUGUGCUUUUCUUCGAGGAGAAGUUAAUCCAAGAAGCGCUCAUCGGAGUCAUUGGACGGUAUAGUAUUCUGCGUUUGUAUCCCGUGGCGGACCGGUGCAGGCCAGAAUUCCAACAAGCUGCACGGCGCGCGGUAGUCCCUCUCAUUCCUCCAUGAGCGCCGCAAUUGGGUUUUGCAACAAGAGUUAUGUGUAUCCGAGAAUGCUGGGCGGGAGGGGGGGGGAGGUGUUGUGUUCUCUGGAUGAGGAACGGCUAGAGCCGUGCGGGUAUUAUACCAAGAUUUUUCAGGAUUGUUGGUGUGUACAUCAUGUCGAGGAGAGACGAGAACGGGCCAUGCGCUUUAUAGUCUAUGUCCCGGAGACAAAGAUUUUUUUUUGAGGGGGGGGGGCGUUGAAGCAACAACGUUCCCUCGCGAGGUUACGUUGUUAUUUGUUGUCUCUGGGUUAUGUCUAAAUACGGCCCGUUUGUGCAAGGUCUACCGGAGCAUUUAUGAGGGUUGCAGGAGUUAUCAUCAUGGCUUAUACAUCCAAAUGGGCAGCUAAGGGCGAUUACUGGUUGAUUUUGGAGGAUGAGGAAUGGAGAAAUGCGUGCCUUCCACAGAGUACGCACAUUGCGGAGUCUUGUGUGUUUUCAAUUGGAGGUGUUACGUAUGCAAGGCGUCGUCACGUAGUAACUCUUUUGAGCUUCCUGUUGAUCGAUGUGCUCCGUAUCUCUCUGGAUUUUAACUUGCGCACAAAGGCCAUGUUUCGAUCCCGAUCGUUGAGCACCUGAAACAUGAAGCUAUCCAUUCCCGGAUUGAGGGUCGUUGACGGGUGGGUCUGAGCGGCUUUGCUGCGUUAAGGUUUGUGUGUGUUCAUAUGGAUGUGUUCCAUUCAGCCAAGGGUGCACCGCUUCAGCGAUGUGCAUGUAUGGAGCCUGUUGUACCUAAAUGUAUGAUGGAUGCACACCACACGCUGUCGUCGUUGUUUGUAUGGGGCGGGAGGGACGUAAAUUAUAGAUAGUAAUUCAGUCGUUCAUGCCCGUCUGUUCCUCAUGUCGUACCUCCCGAUGGUUUAGUAUAUGCGCGUGUUUGUGGGUAGACCUUGAGGAAGUACAGACGGCUGAGUCCUACUCGCAUUCGAAGGUUCAAGGCAAAAGUAAUGCUGCAGGAAUAUUCUUCUGUGUGACCCCUUCAUCGGAGGCCAAAGUCCGUACCGUAUUAGCUGUAGAGUAGGUAGAAAUGGGAGAGAAAGAAUAUCGCGUCGCGUGUUUGAUUGUGUCGUCGUCUUACAUUAAGAACCGAUUCGAUAUCUUCUGCUAUUUAUCUUUUUGAGUUUGCGUCCAACAGACGAAGCGGGCGCCUCCGUUUGUCAGGGUAAAUGUAGCUGAAACAAAGGUUGGCGUUUAAACAGACAGGUAGGCGACAAUUGCUGCCGGUAACGCUUCAACCGCGUAUUUACCACAAAGGGGUUGACUCUUCGGAGAGAUUCGCACA